CACAUCUCAAUCAUCACAACCCCAAACUCAACUCAGAAAGCUACAACCGACAAGAUGCCCCCUCGUAUCCCCACAGAAGCCGACUUCUCCCCCCUCCUCCCCUCCCUCCCACAUACCCUCCACUUCCCCUCCCCGCCAGAGUCCACCACAACCUUCCUCAUCCUCCUCCACGGCCUCGGCGACCACGACGUCCCCUUUGCCUCGUUCGCCCGCAAUCUCAACCUCCCCGGCGUCCUCGCCAUAUCCGUACGCGGCACAGAGGUCCUCCCGCCUGCGCUUUUAGGGUCUGAGAGGCCAGGCUUCCACUGGGGUGACGACUUGGCUGUGGACCCCGGCACCGGGGAGCUUGCUGAUGAUCCUGGGUUUGAGAGGGCGAAGAGGGCAAUUAUGGAUAAGUUGAUUGGGGAGGUGCUUAUUGAAAAGUGUGGGUGGGAGAUGAGCGAUAUCAUCUUCUUUGGAUUUGGUCAGGGUGGUUCUCUUGCGUUGGGUCUGGCAUCUUCUCUCAGACAACCAGCUCGCGUGACCGAUAUCACCGAAGGCGAGAAGAAGGGAUCUCAAUUUAAGGGUGUAGUCUCUAUCGGUGGACCUUUGCCACAGUCCAUGGUGCCUACAAUCAGCAGCCGCGAGAAGAGCCGGACAAGCGUGUUGGUGUGUCAACUAGAAGAGGACGCUGUUGACGCGGUCAAGAGAGAGUUUGAGGAUGUGAGAGUUGUGCAGUGGAAGAGACGCGAAGUGGCUAUGCCGAGCAAUAGAGAGGAGGUGCUGCCUUUGAUGCAAUUCUUUGCGGAUAGGUUAAGGAGCGGUGGGUGGUAG